AGAAAUGAGAAAGAGAGAUAGAGAGAAAUAAAGAGAAAGAUAGAUAGAGAGAGAGUGAGUGAGGGAGAGGAGAGAGAAGUGAAACCUGUCUCGUGAAGCAGCAGGUGAAGGCGAAGAAAAGAAAAUAAAAGCUCUUUCUUUUCUCUCUUCUCUCUUCUUUCCUUUCUCUUUCUCUCUCUUUUUUCCUUCUGUUAAUCUCUCUUUCCCUUCUCUCAUUCUCUCGCUUUCAAUCUCUUCUCUCUCUUUCCAUAGCCUUGACACUCACAUUCAUUCUUUGCUUCUUCCUUUUAUAUCACGAGAUCCCCAUCUCUUUCUCUUUCUUUUCUUCCUUCCCUCUAUCUGUAAUGUCUUCCUCAGAAACAUUUCUGGGUUUGUGUUGUUUAUAUCUCUGUUAUACGAUUCGGUGUUGCUUUUUUUGGUCUUUCCAUUCCCAUUAACGGACAUUGCUAACAGAACUGAGAGAGAAAGGUUAAAGGAGAGGGAUAACCCAGAGGUUGAGAGAUAUACAUAUAUCUAUAUAGAAUUGACUUCGGCCUUUUGGUAUUUUUUCCAUUUGGUUACUGAGAAAAUGUCGCAUUCUGGAAAACCCAUUGGGGACCUAGGGCUAGACUCAUUAACCGAUCAGCUCCGUGACUCACUAUGUUCUCUUGAGGCUAACAAGCCCGAUUUUCGAGAACUUGAUCUGGGUUCUCCUGUUUCUCCUCUCCGAACUCGUGGGCUUAACACUACCGCUACCACCACUACAACCACCACAACUAGCUCCAGCUCUAGCUCCUCCGGAUCCGUAUCUGGUAGUCGAAACGUUCAUAACCCAGUUCACAAAUCCAACCAUUCCGGCGAGCUCUCUAACUCCAGCGAAACCAGUCCUACAACUUCUAUCAGAAACCCAAGACAGGGUACUUCCAGAUCCGACCCUCUAAUAUACUCAGCUAGCGGCAGCCAGAGCUCGGUAAACUCUCCCGCACCUGUUAAUGUACUCCCUACUGGUAACAUAUGUCCGUCUGGGAGGAUCUUAAAGACAGGGAUGGUAAUGGGCAAUCGGAAUUCCAAAUCGGAUGUUUUGGGAUCCGGAACAGGAAAUUAUGGGCACGGAAGUAUAAUGCGGGGUGGUGGACCGAGCAAAUGUAGUAAUUUAGAUGCUGGAAAUUUGGUCGGUAGUAGUAAUAAUACUGUGCGUGGAAAUUUUGGUGGCGCAAGAAUGGGAAGUGUGGAUCCAGAAGAGGUGAAGAAGGCAGGGAAUGAAAUGUAUAAGAAAGGCCAUUUUGGAGAAGCGUUGGUGCUUUACGAUAGGGCUAUUGCUUUGGCACCGGGAAAUGCAGCUUACAGGAGUAACCGAGCUGCAGCUUUGAUGGGUUUAGGAAGAGUGGCAGAGGCGGUUAUGGAGUGUGAGGAGGCAGUGAGAUUGGAUCCUAAUUAUUGGAGGGCACAUCAGAGGUUGGGGUCUUUGUUUAUUAGGUUAGGACAGAUUGAGAAUGCCAGGAGGCACCUAUGCAUUCCUGGGCAUCAUCCAGAUCCUUCUGAAUUGCAGAAAUUGCAGUUAGUAGAGAAACAUCUAAACAAAUGUUCAGAUGCCCGAAAGGUUAAUGACUGGAAAAAUGCUUUAAGGGAAUGUGAGGCUGCUAUUGCUGCUGGAGCUGACUAUUCUCCUCAGCUCUUUAUGUGUAGAGCUGAAGCUCUUUUGAAGCUCCAUCAGCUACGAGACGCUGAAUCAUGCCUAUCGAACAUUCCAAAAUUAGAACCAUAUACGAAUUCUUGCUCACAAAGCAGGUUUUUCGGGAUGCUGUCUGAAGCAUACACCUACUUAGUUAGAGCUCAGAUUGAAAUGGCAUUAGGAAGGUUUGAGCAUGCAUUUACAGCCGCUGAGAAAGCUGGACAGAUUGAUCCACGAAAUGUUGAAGUAGCAGUGCUGCUUCACAAUGUUAGAUUAGUGGUUAGAGCUCGUGCUCGAGGCAAUGAUCUCUUUAAAUCUGAAAGGUUCACUGAAGCCUGCUCAGCAUAUGGGGAAGGCCUCAAGCUUGACCCUUCAAACUCUGUUCUCUAUUGCAACAGAGCUGCUUGUUGGUUUAAGCUUGGGCUAUGGGAGAGGUCUAUUGAUGACUGCAACCAAGCAUUACACAUCCAACCUAAUUAUGCAAAAGCCCUUCUUCGAAGAGCUGCCUCAAAUAGUAAGCUAGAGAGGUGGGCUGACGCAGUGAGGGAUUAUGAGGUUCUAAGAAGGGAACUACCAGAGGACAAUGAAGUUGCCGAAUCUCUAUUUCAUGCGCAAGUUGCAUUGAAGAAGUCUCGUGGAGAAGAAGUGUAUAAUAUGAAGUUCGGUGGCGAAGUGGAGGAAAUAUUGGGGCUAGAGCAGUUCAGAGCUGCAAUAUCUUUGCCAGGUGUCUCAGUUGUUCAUUUCAAAUCAUCCUCUAAUUUGCACUGCAAACAAAUAUCUCCAUUUGUGGAUACACUAUGCAUUCGAUAUCCAUCCAUAAAUUUUCUCAAGGUGGAUAUUGAAGACCACCCAACAAUUGCAAAUGCUGAGAAUGUGAGGAUUGUACCGACAUUCAAGAUAUACAAAAACGGUAGCCGAGUGAAGGAGAUAGUUUGCCCAAGUCGUGAUAUGUUAGAACAUUCGGUGAGGCAUUACAGCUUUUGAAACUCAUGGCUUCACUUGUAUCACUAUUCUUCAAGUUUUCAUGUUUCCUUCUUUGCCAAGCAAAACACCCUACUUGAUGGGAACUCUUCACUGCCCUCCAGUCUUUCCUCCUCUCCACCAUGUAAGGAUUACCAGAUACUUGUCACAUAAAUCAAGAGCUACAUAAUAAUCCCCAUUGGCGGCCAUUGCCAGAAGAACCAUGAGAGAUAGCUUAGUUCUCCUUUAGCCGUUUUUAAUUUAUUCAUUCAUUCGUCAUUAAUCUCUGGUUCCAUGUUCUUCCUCCCAUUUCUUUUUGUUAAUUUUUUUUUGUAUGUUUUUUUGGCACUUCUUUUUCAUUUUCUUGUAGGCCAGCCUGUUCUUGUAUCCCCCCCACCCCACCUUUGCUUCACAAACAAAGAAUGAAAAAAAAUAAUAAUAAAAAGAAAGAAAUGUACAAUUGAUUAAGGUGGCUCCCUAGUUGUAUUACAGAGAGAGAGAGACAGAGUGACUGGCAGGCUGGUAGAAGAGGAUCUUUGUACAUGUAUAUAUGUGAUAUAUACAGAAAGAAUUGGAAGGCUUGAGGGAGAUUGGAUAAAUGAGAUGCCUGGUGGGUAUUUUAUGGGUUAGUGAAACAAGGAUAAAAAUUAUGUUAUUAAUAUUGUUGUUUUCUUUUCAUCAAUAAAAAUUAUCCCCAUAUAUUUUUUUUUUC